CACCAUGAGAGAGAGAGAGAGAGAGAGAGAGAGAGAGAUUACCGCACUCCUUUAACGGGGUGCACCAUUUCACUCCGCUCCACUGUGCGCGUAAAAAAGGCAACGGGCUCCAAAAAAAGGAGAGAGGAAGAGUAAGAAAUCUAGAGAGACAGAGAGAGAGAAAGAAAGAGAGAGAGAGAGUCCUUGAAUUGCCACUUGAAGCAAUCGGCUAUGUCCAGCGCUCAGUUUUCGCAAUCUUUUCCUUGUACAACUAUCUAAAGGUUGGCACACUCUCAUGGUUUUACCUCCCGUAGGAUGGGAUUAACUUUGUCCGGAAGAUACAUCUCACUGGUGCUGGCUGUACAAAUAGCAUAUUUGCUCCAGACGGUUGGAGCGGCGGGGAAAUGUGACACCGUGUUUAAGGGCUUCUCAGACUGCCUGCUUCAGCUGGGAAACAACAUGGCCAGCUAUCCACAGGAUCUGGACGAGAAGGAGAACCUGCAAACCAUCUGCACAUAUUGGGACGACUUCCACUCGUGUGCCACCACAGCACUGGCGGACUGCCAGGAGGGAGCGACGGAGCUGUGGGAGAAACUCAAGAAGGAGUCCAGAAACCUGGAGUUUAAAGGCAGUUUGUUUGAACUGUGCGCUGGAGGAAACGACGCGAGCACACCAUCAGCCUCUCCAACCGGGCUCACCCUGCUGCUCAGCUCCUUCUCCGCCCUGCUCACAUGGAUCCAGUUUUAGCGCCCAACACGAAACCGAGAAGAUCAACACAAAGACAUUUUUAGCUCACAUGAAAAGAAGAAUACGGGAAACCUUGGGUGGGGGGGAUUAAAAAAAAAGAAGAAGAAGAAAACAACAAACGAGUGCUCAAUCACCAUGACCAUACCAAGAAAAAGAAAUAAUAGCCUAAAAAAUGACGAUCAGAAAUCAUCUUCAGCCAAAAAUGGAAUUAUUACAGCGCCUCAUCUGGAGAAGACGACUUGGUUUUGCUGUAGACAAUGGCAAUAAGGCGUCUUCAGGGAAUGCUCCAUCUGCCUGACCUGGGAGUCCACUUCAUCAAAUAUUUAACAGAUGUCGAUUGAAAAUCACGGUCAUUUUUUUGAUGAUCAAUUUGUGGAAAUACAUUAACGCCUGCAACGAAGUAAUUAUAACUGUAGGCUUGAUAAUCUAAUCUAUCAUGCAUAGAAAAAUAAAUAUCCUCACAAACACACACACACACACACGAGCCAAAUUACACUCAGCGUCUCAGUUUCCACUGAAAGGAGGUGUUCUGUUAUUGUCAAAUCUUUGGAAUUUUUUUAGUUGCCAAAUUUAUAACGUCAACAUAAUGUUGUAAUGGAGAAAUAGCCUGUGUGAUGAAUGACCACUGCAGAAAAAAGAAAAAAAAGAUAGGGAGGAAGGAAAACACUCCAAUAAUUUGAUUGCCAUCUGGUAGAAAGAUAAUAACACCACUAAUAAUAAAACCUCAGGAAUGAUUUUAGGCAUUUAAAUGGAUAGUUCAAUCAAACUGGCUAAUACUGCUAAGAGUGAAUGAAAGCUAGGUACUUAUGUGCAUAUUGCAUAAUGCUAAUUGGUGGCUAUUCACUUUCAUACACUGUUAGUAAAGUUAGCAUUUUUGACGGAAUUAUUCUUUAAUCGAUGGUAGAUUGUAUGUUCUAUAAAAAGGUAGAAAACUGGGGAAGAUGUUAGAAGUCAAAUGUAGCGAGAAAAAAUAAAAGGUGAAUGAUUAGACUGUUGACCAGUGUUUCAACCAUUCCAAGAUUUAUUUUUUAUUAUUAUUUCGAUUUUUUUUUAAAAAACAAAAGAUUAUUUACGGGGAGGGACAUUUAGGUUAUGAUAAUUAUUGGAGAACAAAGGGACACGCCCAAAACCGCAUACCACCGUACCAAAAAAAAAUAAAGAAGACUUAUUUUUUCUUAAAAAUGCAUAAUUGAAUGUUAUGACGUCAUACUACAAGUUUACGUGUAGGUUACACCCGGGAUAUUUGUAUUUUCAGGCUUAAGAUUAGCAUUUGAAGUGGUGAAUAUUAAGUUUUACACUAUUUCCAUUUCAUUUGUUUGUGUUUGUAUUCAAUUUACUUUACACAAGUGUGUGUUUUGACAAAAAAAAGGACAGCAUGUCAACAACCAGUGCAGCACUGCGUAGGUUAUUAUUUCACGCAUGCGCAGUACUAAAGCAAAAUCCCGUGUAGUACAGUAGUAUGCAGUUUUGGCCGUUGGCUAACGUAGCACGAUAUUACAGAGGAUGAGACUUUACCGGCUGGAUAAAGUGGAUAAAGUGAAGUUAGCUAGCUGUAGGCUGCUAUCUGAUGUUGCCAAGGCAUCUCGUUUCACUGCCUUCAAAAAAACGUGUAUUUUAUUUGUUUGUUCGUUCGUUUUGUUUCUCCAGGGGAUGUUACAUAUAAAUAAAUAAAUAAAUAUAUAUAUAUAUAUAUAUAUAUAUAUAUAUAUACAUAAAUAUUUCAAAUACCAUACAAGUAUAAAAUAAGAGACGAAUUAUGUGAGAAGAGUUUGAGAUAAAGAGUGAUACUUUAACAGAAAUCGUUUUAAAACAGAUUGAUAUACAGGUAUAUAAAAGAUUGCUAAGAAAAGAGGCAUAAAAAGCAUUAAAUAAAUGAGUUAAUGUUUGAAAAAAAAACCGCAUGGUCUGUUUUGUUUUGUUUAUAUUGAUCAUGAUUGUACUGCAUAAAAAGAUUAUUAUAUUUAGAAGUGUUUUUAAAAUGGGCAAAAUGGAUAUCAGGAUAUCUUAAAUCCUGUGUGUGUGUGUGGGUGUGUGUUUGUGUGUGUGUGAUGUUUAAUCUCAUUGUCACACACAGCUACACAGUUUGAUGUGGUCUACUUAUGUGUGUGUGUAAUUGCAGCUAAAGUAUGCUAUGCCUACACUAAAUAAGGUUCUUUGGGUAUUGUGCUAUGUUUUCGCUUUGUAAUAGGGUUCUACAUGAAACAUUUUCUGAAAAUGAGACCAUGCUUUCUGCUGAAAACUUCAGACUUCAGAAGGGGCUUAAAUAUGCAGGCCUGGCCUAUAUUUCCACUUCAUUCCAGUAUAAAUGCUCCUCUCAGCAUUUAUUCCAAUACAUUUCCCCAAACCACAGGUACUUAUUGGCAUCUUAAAUCACCACAAAUCAACAAAGUCACAUUGCUUCAUUUAGUGAAAAUAAACUAGCUGCUGCUGGCUUUCAGUAAACUAGGUUAGAUAACAUUACCGAUCUUAUGACCGCCAUUCAUUAUCAUGUACCGUACAGAUAGUUAUACAAAAAAUAAGUAACUACGAAUA